AUGAAAAGCCCAACUCUCAAAGAAUUCGCCUCCUUCCAGCUCGACUACAUAAUAAUAGGCGGAGGAACAGCCGGUCUAGCAGUUGCCGCACGACUAAGCGAAGACCCUGAAGUCCAAGUCGGAGUCAUCGAAGCGGGACCCUCAGCCCUGGGCAGAGAAGACAAUGGCGCAAUCAACAUACCGGGUCGAUAUGGCGAGACCAUUGGAUCUGAGUAUGACUGGCAAUUUGAAACAACAUCACAGCCAGGUCUCGGUGGACGCUCGCUGCCAUGGCCCAGAGGUCGUGUUUUAGGCGGCACGAGUGCGCUUAACUUUAUGGCGUGGAACCGGGGACAUCGUGACGAUUAUGAUGCUUGGGUCCAACUGGGGAACUCUGGGUGGGGGUGGGAGGAUCUUUUACCCUUCUUUCGUCGCAGCGAGAACUUUCAUCCGCCUAGCGCUGCUCAUCAGGCGUAUUACAAGUCUGCUUAUGAUCCCAAAGUGAACGGAACAGGCGGACCUCUACACACAUCCCAUGUCAAACAGUAUGGCAUCGCGCACCAGUAUUGGCAUGAUACUCUCAAUGUCCUGGGGGUGAAGUCUGUUCCUGAUAGCCUGACAGGUAUCAACAGCGGUGCAUGGAAUAUGGUCUGCACGCUAGAUCCAGACCAUCAGGAACGAAGCUAUUCUGCUUCAGCAUAUUAUGCACCUAUAGCUGGACGCAAGAACUUGCAUGUCCUCACUGAGGCCACGGUCUUGGAAAUCAUACUCGAUUGGAACGGUGAUGGUAAAUGGGUUGCAACAGGAGUUCGAGUCCGUUGUGGUGGAGAAGCAGCUAAGAUACUGGCUGCUCGAGAGGUCAUCCUCAGUGCUGGCAGUGUGCAAGCUCCACAACUUUUAGAGCUGUCAGGCAUAGGUCGACGGGAUGUGUUGGAGGCUGCGGGUAUAGAGUUGAAGGUUCAUAAUCCCAAUGUUGGAGAGAAUCUACAGGAUCACAUGAUGACCGCUACCAUCUUUGAAAUACCACCCACAUUCCCUACUCGCGAUGAUAUUCUUGCGGAUCCUGUUCAACGCACUGCUGCUGAUGACGCCUAUUACGCUUCGCAAACGGGACCGUGGACUGUGAUGCCAUGUUCCGUAGCCUACAUGCCACUCUCGCAAGUUCUCACAUCAGAGGAAUGCAUCGAGCUGUAUAAUGAUGCGCAAAGAUUUGCAAAAGAAACAGGCCAUGCAUGCGACACCCUUCUAGCCAGCCAGUUCGAGCCAGGUAAAAUACGUGGUCAAAUCGAGUUCCUGUUCGAUGUUGGGAACUGGAGCCCAUAUUUUGUCUCUGAGCCGGGUAAGAAGUAUGCUACGAUGCUUCAAAUGCUGCAGUAUCCUUUCUCCCGGGGGUCAAUCCAUCUGCCUCCGAAAAGCGGCAAGCUGAGAACCACAGUUGACGAUAAGCCUGUCAUUGACCCGUGCUACUAUCUCGGUGCUGGUGAGCUCGAUAAGAAGAUCAUGGCAAAGGCGCAAAUAUGGGCAGAUCGAAUCUGUCAGACUGAGCCUUUGGCCCAGAUGGUUCGGGGUCGUGUCUUUCCUCCGCCUGCUGAGGGACCUGGUUCUGAAGGAAGGGUGUACGAAGAUUUUGUCUCUAAUUAUACCAUUACCGACUGGCAUCCCGUUGGCACCUGUGCUAUGGGCGGGUAUGAAGGCGCCAAAGCUGGAGUUGUCGACGAAAGACUUCGGGUAUAUGGUGUUAGUGGCUUGCGAGUAAUCGAUGCUAGUAUCAUGCCAUUGCAGAUCGGAGCACAUAUUCAAGCGACAGUCUAUGCUAUCGCUGAGAAGGGAGCAGAGAUGAUCAAAGAGGACUAUGCAAGCAGAUAA